CGAUGAUUUUGGCAUAAUAAUUUCUUCAAAUUUUCUCGUGAUAAUUCUAAUCCAAGCGUAUCGUUUACAAGGCGUUCGUCUAAAUUACACGUAAAGCUCAAAUGCACAUUAUCAACAAGUUGGAAGCUGAAAGCUUUCUCGGUUCACCGAUUCCAAGAUCGGAUCGUGUAGAAACUUUCUUUGAAAAAAAAAGGAAAAAAAAAGCGGGAGACGUAAUUGGAAAAUGGGGAAGCAAACGCCCAAGAUGUCGUCCAGGGUGGUGAACGCCAUCAGGAAUCUGAGGGAGGCUCACGGGUCCACGUCGAAGGAGAUCAUGAAUUAUAUCAUGUCGCAGUGCAACGUUCACGAGUCCACCGUGAACAGACAGAUGCACGCGGCGUUGAAACGGGGUUUGGACUACGGUAUCCUGAAGAAGGCGAACGGCCACUAUUUUCUCAACACGGACCCGGAUUCCCAGCUCACGUCGAACAUGAUGCCGACCGAGCAGGCGAGAAGAAGGGGGCGAAGAAGACGGAGCAGGGGUCGGCGGAGAAGAGGUCGUCGAAGGAGGCGCAGGAGAAGCAGAAGGAGAGGGCGCAGAAGACGCAGAAGCAGUCGCCGUCGGCGGCGCUCGACGAGGAGGAGGGGCCGCGGGACGAGAAUGAGGCGGAUGGCGUGCACGAGAUGCAGGUGCACCAAGAGGACCAGGGACAUAGUCGCCCUGAAUAGUAAUCCGGUGGAGCAACUGACGGCCGAGGACAACGGGAUGUGCACGUGCGAGAAGGAGAGCAACAUGGAGACGCGGUCGAGGCACAGCAAGAGCCGCGAUCGGAGCAUGAGUCGGAGCCGAUCGUCGGCCAACAGCGAUCGGGAUGACGGGGCCAAUAAUCGGCGCGCGAACAUCGAGGAGGAUUAAUCGAUUCUCGAGGGAGAAGCGAGUCCGUUACCGUGUUCCAGCUUCCCGUCGUCAACGCGUUGCAUAGACCGUUCCCCCCCUCUCCUCCUGUGGAACGAUCGGUGCCGAGUGAAACCGUUCGCGUCUCCGAGUAUCAUCUGUCGUUCGUCACUUUUGUUUUUUCUUUUCCUUUCUUUCUUUCCUUCCUUUCUUUCUUUCUUUCUUUCCUUCUUUCUUUCUUUUCUUUUUUUAAAUCGUAUAGCUCCCUCUCUCUGUUCCUCUGUCGACAUAAAAUUCGUAUAUCAUUUUUAUCGAGUGAUUUAUCGAGUGAUGAAUGUGAUUUUCAACGAUCAUGUAAUAAUUGCGAUAUAUAAUAAAUUGGUAAUGUCCAGUUUCUAUUUUAUAACCAAAUUUUCUCUCAACUUUCCUCAAACUCGCGGGACAGUAUAACUUUAAUUAAUAAUAUUCGUAUCUUUCGGGGAGAAGACGAUUUCACGACGAUUCGAAUGGACGGAUGGAUGGAUGGAUGGAGGAAGAAGGCCUUGGCCGAGGUGGUCUGAAUGAAAGCAACGGCAAUAACUCUUCGAGCGGUAGAGUCGAGGCGGGUUAGAAAGCAUCGAGAAGCGAUUAGUGGUAUUUACCGGUCCCCACUGAGAGAGAGCCUGCCGAUUCCCGGUACCGUUCCGACGUCCCGCAGGGAUCCGCGUACGCGUCACAAUACCCCGCCGUCCAACUGCUCCCCAUUCUCCGCCAGGACUCUCUCGGAUGUCACGCUUCCCAUCGAGGCCCCCUAUUAAUAAUCUUCUAACGGUGAUCAUUUCUGACCAAUUUUUCCACCCGAAACGUUCAUUUGAACUUCUUUCCUAAACUCGUUCGAAUGGAUCGACUAUUUCCUAUCCUAUAUCCGCGACUCGAUU